AUGGUUGGAAUAGAAUUCAUUGACUAUUUGACAAAACUUCGCGUCUCCGAUUUCCUCGGCUUGGAGGAUUUUGCAGACAAAAUGAAUUUCAUGUACUCUGUUCUCAUCCUGCUACUUUGCACAACAAUAAUCGCUGUCAAACAGUACCUGCUUGCCAGCAUCGCAUGCUACAUACCUACAGUACCUUCUGGCAAAGACUUUGAGAAAUUCCUGCAGAACUUCUGCUGGGUUCACGGAACGAUUCCUAUUUUGGAGGGGGAACACAUUCCUCAAAACUACUCCGAGUGGCACGAUGCUGACGAAAAUAUGCGAAUUAACUACUACCAGUGGGUACCCUUCAUGCUUGGUCUACAGUGCAUCCUUUUCUACGUUCCUCGCGUCGUUUGGCAGAUCAUCUGCUACAACCGCACCGGUACAGAUUUGGAGAACCUCGUUGCUGUGGCGAACAAAGCGAGCAACACUAUUGAGAACGACCGCAAGAUGCUUGUGAAACACGUUGCCGGAACAAUGGCAGAGAUGCUGUUCCAGCACCGCGACUACCGUCAUGGCAAAGUCGCUGACGCACGCCGAAAGGCCUUCAAAUUUUGCGGGAUGUUCAUUGCCAGCAAGCGUUUGGGAACUUGGCUUAUUUUCACCUAUCUUUUUAUAAAAUGCAUCUAUCUUGCAAACGCGAUCGGCCAGCUCUAUUUAAUGCAAACUUUCCUUGGAUUCAACAAAUCGAUGAGUAAUUUCGGUUAUGAGGUUGCUAGGUACAUGGUAAAUGGUCGCGACUGGGAUGAGACCCGAAUUUUUCCUCGUGUCUCCUUCUGCUACCUGGAGCAUGUCCGUCAUCUUGGCACCACCAAUCGAUACGUGGCCCAAUGCGUACUUCCUGUUAAUAUGCUGAAUGAAAAACUGUACAUUUUCUUGUGGUUCUGGACGGCCAUUGUAGCUGUCUGCACAGCUAUUUCCAUCCCACUUUGGAUUAUGCGGCUAGGCCGUGAAAAGAACAAGGUUCACUUUAUCAAGAAAUUCCUCCGUCUCCAAGAUAUAUACACUACAGAGCAUAAGGAAAUUCUGCGCAACUUUAUUUCUGACUUCUUGCGCCACGACGGCGUCUUCCUGUUGCGCAUGAUAUCAAUGAAUGCUGGUGAUGUUGUAACUGCCGACGUUGUUGUGGAGAUGUGGGACAUCUACAAGACCAAGUUUAAGAACAGAGCUAUGCUGAAUGACAUUGCGCGCGAUAUUGCUGCUCAACGAAGACAGCUCGAAGAAGGUGGCGAAACAACACAACGCAGAACACCUUACGAGAAGAAGGCAUCGGCCUUGGGGUCAGAUUUUAUGAAUUUUUAUCAGAAGUAUCAGGCGGCCACACUUAUAGGUAUUCAGGACUGGGCGGACCGAAUGAGCUACCUGCACAGCACCAUAAUUUUCCUGCUGUGUACAGCCAUAGUAUCUGCAAAAACUUACAUCCUUCAGCCCCUGGCUUGCCACGUGCCCACUGUCCCAUCGGGUUCUGAUUUUGAUUCAUAUUUUAACUCCUACUGCUGGAUACAUGGCACCACACCAAUUCGCGCCAACGAGACCAUUCCUGAGGACGAUGCCGCGUGGGUUGAAUUGGAGAAUGAGCGGAAAAUAACAUACUACCAAUGGGUUCCCUUUAUCCUGGGUCUUCAGACCAUAAUGUUUUAUCUGCCACAUGUUGCUUGGCAGAACAUCACAUUCAAUCGCCUUGGAGCAGACCUUACUGCCAUCGUUGUGAAGGCGAUGGAUGCUCUCAAGACCUCAUCACCUGAGAAUAGGGAAAAGAUGGUUGCGAAUGUAGCAAAACGACUGGAGCUUCUCCUGUUCGCACACCGCGACAUUCGUCGCGGCAAGCGGGCGGCGAUCAAACGCCGGCUCCACGCAAUCUGUGGCAUCUUCUUGGUCAGCAAGAGAAUGGGAACCUGGACAGUGUUCUCGUACCUUUGCAUCAAAAUUCUCUACCUUACAAAUGCAAUCGGGCAACUCUAUUUAAUGAAACACUUCCUCGGUUAUGACGAGGACAUGGUGGGCUUUGGACUGACCUUGGCCAACUCUCUGGUUUCGGGGAUUAAAUGGGAGGAGUCUCUUUAUUUCCCCCGAAUCGCCUUCUGCAGCAUCACCAUUCGUCAUUUGGGUCAAAAGACCAAUCGCUACAUGGGCAUGUGUGCUUUGGCCAUUAAUAUGCUCAAUGAGAAACUCUACGUCUUCCUUUGGUUUUGGACUCUCGCUGUCGCCAUAACAACUGGUGUAAGUCUUAUCAAUUGGUUCCUUCGUCUGGCCAUCAGGCGGCGACAGACGAGCGUUAUUCGCAGGUAUCUCAAGCUGAAACCUCUGAUGUUAGAGCCUGAGAAGAACGGUGAUAGCAGUCCAACACCUUCUGAAGCCUUAGAUCCGAGCAGGCCAGACACUGUGGAGCGCUUCAUUCGCGAGUUUCUCCGCAUGGAUGGUGUCUUUAUCGUUCAGAUGCUUAACAUGAACGCGGGCGAUGUCAUCACUGGUGAAGUGAUUCGCCUCCUGUGGCACACUUGGGUGACCAAGUACGCUGACAAGAAGGAUUUUGGCAACGAUCCUUGGAUUGACCCCGACUUUCCCGAUGACAUGGACGAAAUUGACAAAAUAAAGAUGGAGUUGGCCGACACGAAGGAAGAGUUUGAAUAA